GCGCUGUUGAGUUCACGCCUCGAUGUCGCCGAAGUAAAAGCGACACAGAACCGCGUGGAGCUAGAAAGAUUUCAGAAAGGAAUCACACUUAAAACUCUUUCAUAUUUGGCUUCAACAAGCACGAAUUGAAUACUGAUUAUAAUGUCUCGGUACAUGAGACCGCCCAACAGCUCUCUGUUCGUCCGCAAUAUUUCCGACGAGUCCCGGCCAGAGGAUCUGCGGAGAGAGUUCGGCCGAUACGGCCCCGUCACAGACGUCUACAUCCCUCUAGACUUCUACUCCCGUCGGCCCAGAGGAUUCGCUUACAUUCAGUUCGAGGAUGUCCGGGAUGCGGAGGACGCUCUGCUCAAUCUGGACAGGAAGUGGGUGUGUGGACGGCAGAUCGAGAUCCAGUUCGCUCAGGGAGACCGUAAGACGCCGGGGCAGAUGAAGUCCAAGGACCGGCAGUCACCACGCAGCUCACGAUACGACGACUACGAUCGGCACAGACGCUCACGCAGCCGCGACAGACGCAGGUCUCGCAGCACGUCCUACGACAGACGCCGCAGACGAUCCCAGAGCCCUAGAGAGUCCAGAGGAGGAACACACCGCAGACGCAGCCGAGAACACGACAGGUACAUCAUCUCACCCACAACCACAGCUGAUUGAUCUGGACCUAGCCAACUCACUCUUAUUUACACUGAUUCUGCUUGAAUACUGGAUUAUGAUUGGCUGGCAGG